CAUUUCAAGAAGUUACCAAAUCAGAAUCUCCUUUCUUAGUAGACGGCAGUCGGCUGCCAAAUUUCUCUCAAGAGAGUGCAAGCACAAUUUCCAAGCUAUUAAAGAAACCCAGUUAGUUAUAUAUGUAAUAAUUAAGAAGAUACAAGAAUCCUGGAGAUGAAGAGAAAAAGAGAAACGGAGAAGGGGUCAGAGAUAAAAUAUGCCAUUGAAGAGCUUUCCUUGCUGAUCCAGCUCAAAACUAGUGAUAAUCAUGAUGCUGCUUAUAUACCCACAAGGCCAUUUUUAUAUGUCUGCAAUUUGGUUAUUCAAGUUCUUGAUAAGAUAGGCCCAACAAUGGCAGUUUUGAGACAAGACAUCAACCAGAAUGUUAAGAGAAUAGAGAUGCAAUGUGAUUCUGAUUCUUCUCUAUACUCAAAUUUGGUGGAUAUUUUGAAGAAAGAGGCCGAUGAUGGCAAUGCAAGAAAAGGAACCAGCUGUAGUAAAGCCUUCGUUUGGCUCACCAGAUCCUUGGAUUUUACUGUUGCUUUGUUACAAAGAAUAGUGAAGGAUCCUGGUCAGGAAAUGGAGGAAGCUGUGAAAGAGUCUUACAAUAUCACUCUGAAGCCUUGGCAUGGAUGGAUUUCAUCUGCUGCAUAUAGAGUAAUUGUGGCUCUUAAAUUAAUUCCUGAUACCAAAACCUUCAUUGAUCUCCUUAAGCCAAAAGAUGAAAACAAUGACACACUUACAGAGGAUAUGGAAACCUUCAUUUCACUACUUGUUCCUGUUCUAGAAGAGAUUUACUCUAUUCUGACAUUGUACAGGUUGGAUAAGCUGAAGUCUACCUAAGGAGAAAACACAGAAUCAAAGCACAACAUACGUACAAAGUUUUGUUUUAUACAAAACCUAUAGUUUUCUUCAACUUCAUUUCCUUUUAGUGUAAAUAUGAAUUCUAUGAAUAGCUACAUGGAGAAUUUGGUGUGGGAACUAAUUUUUCGCUUCUCAUACAAAAGUCUGAUGACCACAUCAUCCUCUGCUCUGAACAAAAUGCAUUUUCGUGAGACUUGGUAGGCUAACCAAGUAAAAGUGCUGUAAUUUAUAUUUAUUACAAUGUUAUUCAGAGGCCUAAUGAAGUGAAACCAGUCAAUGGCA